UGCGUGUGCGUCCACGGCUGAAGGCUGUCUCUGUUGAGUGGACGGUGACGCCGCUGCUUGUUGGUCUCGGCUGGAGGGGAACUUGACGGCGGCCCCGGGUGUGGCUUCAAAAUCUGACAAAUCUCCCGAGAAAGAAUGCCCGGAAGGACAUUUGGACACAUUUUGUGAAAGAUCGUGAAGUAGGUGUGGAGUCGCUUUGACUAACCACAUUCUCUCUUUUUCGACAGCUUUUACUUUUUCUUUUAUUUUCUUUUUUUCCAUCUAGCGUCGUUUCCGUCACUUUAUCAUGCGUUGAAGGAAUUUGUGCAACGUAAACCACCAGAAAGUUGUUGGACUUGCCAAGAGGCGCUCAUGCCACUUGUGUGACCGCAAGUCGCUUGUUUUCUCGGCACAAAUCAAGUUUUUUGGAAGAGUUCACUCCUGACUCAACCCCCCUCCAAAACGGGAAGUCGCUUUACUUCACUUUUUCAUUUUUUUUGUCUUUCCAAGGGCUCGGAACCUUGUAUUUUUUCCCAGGUGAUUUUUAGCACUAAAGCAGCAGUCCUGAAGCGAGCACUGGGAAACAUGGGCUGCACCGUGAGCCAGGAGGAUAAAGCCGCGGCCGAGCGGUCCAAAAUGAUUGACAAGAACCUGCGAGAAGAUGGCGAGAAGGCGGCCAGAGAAGUGAAACUGCUGCUGCUCGGUGCUGGGGAGUCUGGCAAGAGCACCAUUGUCAAGCAGAUGAAGAUCAUCCACGAGGACGGCUACUCAGAAGACGAGUGCAAGCAGUACAGAGCGGUGGUGUACAGCAACACCAUCCAGUCCAUCAUGGCCAUCAUCAAAGCCAUGGCCAACCUCAAGAUCGACUACGAGGAGGCCGGCAGGCCGGAUGACGCCCGCCAACUCUUUGCUCUGUCUGCGCCGGCCGAGGAGCAAGGCAUCCUGCCGGAGGACCUGUCCAACGUCAUCCAGAGACUGUGGGCCGACGGCGGCGUCCAGAGCUGCUUCACACGAGCCCGAGAGUAUCAGCUCAAUGACUCGGCUGCCUACUACUUGAACGACUUGGAGAGGAUAGCCAAGCCCGAUUACAUCCCCACGCAGCAGGACGUGUUGAGAACCCGAGUCAAGACCACGGGCAUCGUGGAAACGCACUUCACCUUCAAAGACCUGCACUUCAAGAUGUUUGACGUGGGAGGUCAGCGCUCCGAGAGGAAGAAGUGGAUCCACUGUUUUGAGGGCGUGACGGCCAUCAUCUUCUGUGUGGCCAUGAGCGCCUACGACCUGGUCCUGGCUGAAGAUGAGGAGAUGAACCGCAUGCACGAGAGCAUGAAGCUGUUUGACUCCAUCUGCAACAACAAGUGGUUCACCGAGACGUCCAUCAUCCUGUUCCUCAACAAGAAGGACCUGUUCCAGGAGAAGAUCAGCCACAGCCCGCUCACCAUCUGCUUCCCCGAGUACACUGGCCCCAACAAGUACGAGGAGGCCCAGGCGUACAUCCAGACCAAAUUCGAGGACCUGAACAAGAAGAAGGACACCAAGGAGAUCUACACCCACUUCACGUGCGCCACCGACACCAAGAACGUGCAGUUUGUGUUUGACGCCGUCACCGACGUCAUCAUCAAGAACAACCUGAAGGACUGCGGCCUCUUCUGAGCAGCAGGGGGGCGCCGUGGACCACGUUGGGAAGGACCGCAAUGGCCGCCCACCAUCGUCACUUCCAUACGCUUUUUCUAAAGAAAAGAAACAAGAAUCCAGAGACUGCCAACCCGUCCAGCCUUGCAGACCCCCUCCUCAGCAUUUAUUCUUUUUACCCCCCCCCACCAUGUAGAGGAGACAAAAGGCUUGAAAGGUUUGAAUAAAUAAAUAUCCGCUUUCCUUCCACUUUUCCAAACCAUUGGACUUUUAAUCACACGGACGGACGGACGCCGCCCGCACGUACUACGCUUUUAUUGUCUUAGUCAUGUUUACAUCGUCGUGCAUGACUCGACUAUUAACGCUCGCUAGUAAUCCGCACCAAUCAGCUAACAUUCCUACGAAAAACAAAACACGCCCGUUUUCUUACUCACACUUCGGUUUGGCCAACUAACCUGACGUCAUCUUGGACGCCCUCCUUCCUUCCUUCCUUACUUCCUUCCUUCUCUCUCUCUCUUUGUGUUUACAGCUUUGUUUUCCUUUCCUUUGACUGCCUUGCAUCUUAGAAUAUUUAGUGAUGAUUAAUGACACACAAAUAUAUAAUUUUACAAAAUGUUAGUGUUUUUUUUUCCUCUCCUUUAUUUUGGUAAAUAUUAAAAGUGCUUUAAAGUCAUUGAUUUAAUUUAAAUAAAAGUACCCAUCACUUGA